AUGGAUUUUUUAGGUAAGACACAGCGUGCACAGAUCUUUAAUCCUAAGGCACAACAGGAGACACAGCAGAGCUCGCAACCUUAUAAGGACAUGCAAAGCUUUCCCGCGACAAGAGAGUUGGCUUCAUGGUUAAAAACUUCUUUGUCUCCAAACUCGAAAUCUGCCGAGGUCAUUCCGAUCGCAUUAUCUCCCUAUGCCUCCUGCAGCAGACAGCAUAUUAUUGUUCUUGGCACAUAUGUCCCAAAGUUGCGAGCUGACCUUAUAGAACCAACUUGCGCUGUCGGGUUGUAUCUAAAAGACUUCACCACGGCUUUCGACAUUGUGUUAGAAAAAAAACCUGCCGCAGAUCCUGAAAUGAUUAGAAUAUUUCCCUAUAUUCCUCAAUACAUGACGAUCAGAGUGGUCAAGUCAUGGUUGCUGGACUUUUGGGCUGGACGUCAGAAUGAAGGCAGAAGUUCUCUACCAGCCAGUACUAGAGCAAAUCUUCCAUCAUCCUCACAUCACAUAAGCAAAUCAGAGCUUAAUAUUGAUGCCAUAUACUGGGAACGUAGCUACGCUUGGCUAGACACAUCUCCAGGACAGAUGAUACCGUCUCUUUCUAAGACUGUAUUCUUUGGUAAACUUGCCACUGGCUUCCAAACAGGAGAUAAAAGAACUCCCCGAAACAAUAUCUCACCCUUGACCCUACCAUCAAUGGUUCACUAUGGCCUCGAAUCGGGAGACAUGGAGACAUAUCAUCCAUAA